GAAAUGCCGAGAAUUUAGGAAGUCCCGCCCACAGCUCCUGCAGAUGCUCCGAAUUGAUUUCGUACAAGCUACUGAAAAUAUUUAUAUAGGAAAGAAUCCUUAUACAUUGGAUGGCACACAUCUUCUACGUUUACAAAUAGGUCUUUGUAACUUGUAGUUGCACCCCUUUCACACCGUUUGUGACUAGUCGACAUGUCCGCUUUCUCUGAAGCGGCUCUAGAGAAGAAACUAUCAGAGCUUAGCAACUCUCAGCAAAGUGUGCAAACAUUGUCCUUGUGGCUUAUUCACCAUAGAAAACACUCGAAGACUAUUGUCAAUGUUUGGUUCAACGAGCUAAAGAAAGCCCAGGUAUCUCGUAAAUUGACCUUCCUUUACUUGGCCAAUGAUGUCAUUCAAAACAGUAAGAAGAAAGGACCAGAGUUCACACAGGAUUUUGCACCUGUUAUUGUUGAAGCAUUCAAACAUGUGCACAGGGAGGGUGAGGAAGGCUGUAAAAAACAACUGAGUCGGGUGUUGUCCAUUUGGCAGGAAAGAGCGGUUUAUGAGAAUAACCUGCUCAAUCAGCUGUCUCAGAUCUUAAAUGAAGAAAAGAAGCCUAAGAAACGAUCUUAUGAGGACAUCCAUCCUGAUGAUGAAGACUUCGCGUCUCAGAGCUCACCAACUGAGCCACCACAGACAGCAGAGUUGAUCCGAGCUCUACAGGAAUUAGAAAAUGCAGCAUCUAGUGAUUCGGUUUUGCGGCAGCGCAUCUCAUCACUUCCUGCUGAAGUACAGGACACAUCACUGCUUCAUAGGAUCACAGAUAAAGAGUCGGGGGAAAGACUCUCUCGUCUGGUUGAGGAGGCAUGCAUGUUGCUAGCAGACUACAGUGGUCGUUUGGCAGCAGAGAUCGAUGAUCGACGACAACUGACCCGCACGCUAACAACUUUUCUCCAAAAUCAGAAAGAUGGCCUUGCUCAGAAUGAGCAAAAACUUGAAGAUUAUAAACGCAAACUGGCACAAGUUACCCAGGUCCGGAAAGAGCUGCGCUCCCGUAUCAAUAAGCUUCCAUGAGGGCUUUAAAACUCUGAACUGACUCCCCACCUACUGCUGUUAAAACAUCUCACCCUAUUGUAGUUUCUUCCUGUCAUAUUACAUAUUCUUUUGGUUUUAACUGAGUGAUUUAUGUUAGUGUAAGUUAAUAUUUUCCAACCAUCAUUUUACUGCCAAAUGCAAAAGCGUAAUUACAGUGAGGU